ACUGAUUCUGCAGCUACUUAUUAGGAUGCAGAAGGCCUCUCUCCCUAAGAGAACGGGGAGACAGCUGCUGUUCUCUACACUGGAGGACCAGGGGAGGCAGAGAAGCCGCUCUCCUCCAGGAUAGAGCUGAUAACAUUCACUGACACUGUCUUCAGAUUGCUUCAGUCAGGAGUGUCUUCUUCCACAGCUGAAACCACCACAAACUGGAGAGCAAAGUCAGGCCCACUUUCCUUGUUGCUGUCACCAAACAACUGUGCUUCCUUCCACAGAUCUUGCCACCAUGAAGGUGACCUUCUCAAUGGCCCUCCUUGUCCUAACGGUCUCAGUGUGGACUUCCUUUGCAGUUGAUUUCCCUCUUCCUAUGGCCAGUCACAUGACGGAAGAACUCUUCCAAGAGACAAAGGAUUUGUGCAAGGAGAACGUAAGGAAUUGCUGGUUCGUUUCCUACCAUAAUCCCAGUGAGCCUAUAUGUGCCAGUGACCAUGUCACCUACCACGGCGAGUGCCAUCUCUGCUCCAGAAUUCUAUACGAAAGCAGAACCAUAAUUAAAAUGCAUGAUGGAGAAUGUAUUUACUCCCUGGAUGAGUCUGAACAGGAAUAAAAGUUACUGGAUCCUCAGAUAGCCAAGUGAAGCAUGAUGGCUGAAUCUUCAAAGAUACCCAAUUUGGGGGACAGGGGCUGGAGUUCUUGGUAGAGUACUUGCUUACCAUGUAUGAAGCCUUAGGUUCGAUCUCCAAUGUUUGGAAGAAAAAAAAGAAUAGCUCCUUGAGAAGUGCAUCCUGGUAGUAGAAGAUACUUGGAUCAAAUUCAUUGAUUUGUUUCUUCAAUAAAUGAUUCUCAGCAUA